CCAGACAACAGUUAAAGCGGUGCCAAACCGGGUUAUCUCUCCAAUGGGGAUGCAGCCUUUGACAAUGGGGUCCAAUUCUAUUAUUAUUAUUAAAUACAUAUAUACACACACACACACACACACACGCAUACGUAUCAUUUAACUGUCCAAAUAGCAUAUAGUGAUCUCUAAUCCUACAAUCCCCCUUCCAUACCAACCACAAAGGACAGUCCUUGCCCCAUAGCCAUAGGGAAAGCAUACAUAUCCUAAGUACUCCUCUCCAGCACCACAUUCCAAAGGAGUUGCUUUUCUUCCUGCCUGCCUCCUUUGCUGUCCAGCUCCCGCAUCCCUCGGAGUGUAGUGGAGUCUCCUUCUUUGGCCACCUGUCAGUGAUAAAAGAAGACUUGGAUUUUGACUGCAAAAAUGCAGAUGUUGAUGCCUGAACCUCAAAUCUAUGUUGAAAGGACCCUGGCAAUCAUUAAGCCAGAUAUCAUCAACAAAGAAGUAGAAAUAGAAGAUAUAAUUCUGAGAUCAGGAUUCACCAUUACUCAGAAACGAAAACUCCAACUCAGCCCAGAGCAAUGCAGCAACUUCUACGUAGAACAAUAUGGGAAAAUGUUUUUUCCUAACUUAACAUCUUAUAUGAGUUCUGGGCCUUUAAUUGCAAUGGUUCUUGCUCGGCAUCAAGCAAUCUCUUACUGGAAGAACCUGCUUGGACCCUCAAGUAGCUUAGUAGCUAGGGAAACAUAUCCUGACAGUUUAAGAGCAAUCUAUGGAACAGAUGAUCUGAGAAAUGGACUUCAUGGCAGUGCCGACUUUGCAUCAGCUGAAAGGGAAAUCCGGUUCAUGUUUUCUGAAGUGGUCAUUGAACCAAUCCCAGUUGGGCAAGCUGCUAAGGAUUACCUCAACCUCUAUGUCAUACCUACCCUGCUGAAAGGACUUACAGAACUGUGUAAGAAGAAACCAGCAGAUCCUUUUACUUGGCUGGCUGACUGGUUAAUUGAACACAAUCCCAACACACCUAAGCUGCGACAUGCUGUGAUUGUGGAGGAGCCUUAAAGAAGACAAUUCAAAACUCAUUAAAAACAGCAUAUUGUCUUUUGAAUUUCUUACCAACAUUAGUAUGUGAGAAAUAAUAGUUCAAAAUCUUUUGUAAACUGAGAAGCAGGACAUUGUGAAAUACACAGACUGAAGUAGCAGUAUACAAGAUUGAAGUUUAAAUUAAUAAAGACCUACAUAUAAAUUGCAA